AUGAAAAUCCCAGGAAACCUAGCCCAACAGGCUGUGAUUGAGGAAGAAUGGGAAUUAUGGAGUCAAUAUGAUGAGCGUCCGCCGAAAAAGCGCUGUCUCAGGGUCGCCGUGGAAUGCAGUCAUCUCGGACCCUUUGUCACAUCCCAAGAAAUCGGGAGAUACUUUGCCAACCGCUUCGCUGCCGCCAACGGCGUUCCACGAGCUACUCGCAAAACGCCCGCGCAACUCGCUCAAUUGCAGGAAGUCUUCGAGCAAAACGCCUGGCCAUUGACUGGAGAACGCAUUCUGCUAGUUCACGAUACCGGCCUGACGAAGAAACAAGUGCAAUCUUGGUUUGAACAACAGAGAAAAAAGGCAGAGAAGGAAGGGAGACGGCUUGCUGAUGGAGAUAUCUUGAGGCCUGACGCGACAUUCGAGGAGACGAAUCGGUGGGCGUCCAAGAUGUGGAGGGCGUUUAAUAAGGAUCCGGCUGCGUAUGCAGAGUCAAUUAGAAGUGGGAAGGUUUGCGUGGAGACUGGGGAGGUGAUUGAUGAGGAUGGGGAUGUGGGGAUGAAGAUUGAGUUUACUGAUGGCAAGAGCAGUGAUGAGGAGGUGGUUAUGAAGGAGGAGAGAAGGGCUGUUAAAAAGGAGGAGAAGAGGAUAGGAAUGGCGAGAGUCAAGCUGGGGUUUAUCAAGAAAGAGGAGGAAUUUCGAAGUCCCAUUGCUGAGAAGGUGGAUAUUAAAGACGGGGAGUGGAAUCGAAGUCCGAUUGUUCACAAGGUAGUUGUUAAGAAAGAGGAGGAGAUUCGAAGUCCCAUUGCUAAGAAGCUAGUUAUUAAAAAAGAGGAGGAGAUUCGAAGUCCGAUUGUCAAGAAAGAAAGGAUGGAAAUGGCGAGGAGUAGUAAAGCGAAUAUUAAGAAUGAGCCGGUGACUAGUGAUGUUUUAAUCAAAACUGAGGACACAAAUCCACACUCCAAUAGACAGAGCAAGAGACCGCGCGUUGUCAAAAACGAGGAGAUGGAUUCAUACUCAAAUAAGCGGAGGAAAAGGGAGCGCAUAUUCAAAGAUGAGGAAGACGUGGAUGAUAGUAAAUGGGAGGUUUGA